AUGUACGCCGAAGACUUAGCUGCUUUGGUAUUUGACAAUGGAUCAGGAAUGUAUAAAGCUGGAUUUGCUGGAGAGGAUUGUCCACGAGCUGUAUUUCCAUCAAUUAUUGGAAGAUUCAGACAAGGCGUGACGAGUAGUGUAGGACCGAAAAUAUACUAUGUUGGGGACGAAGCCGAAAGCAAAAGAGGAAUUCUUACACUUAAAUACCCAAUUGAACACGGAGUUGUCACAAACUGGGAAGAUAUGGAGAAAAUCUGGCAUCAUACUUUCUACAAUGAACUGCGUAUUGCGCCCGAAGACUAUGGCGUUUGUCUGACAGAGGCGUCUCUCAUUCCUAAAUCUAACAGAGAAAAGAUGACACAGGUUAUGUUCGAAACGUUUAAUUGUCAAGCUGUGUACGUUGUCAAUCCGGCUGUAACAUCGUUAUACGCUUCUGGUCGUACAACUGGCAUUGUUUUACUUUCUGGUGAAGGUGUAACCAAUAUUGUACCUGUUUACGAAGGUAAUGCUAUUACUCAUGCUAUUUUGGGAUUAGAUCUAGCCGGAUCUGACCUAACAGACUAUCUGAUGCAAAUUGUGACAGAACGAGGAUAUUCAUUCACAACCAAAGCAGGAAAAGAAAUCGUAAGAGACAUAAAAGAAAAAAUGUGCUAUGUAGCAUUAGACUUUGAACAAGAAAUGCGAACACCUAAUUUUUUGUAUCCUUUAGAGAAAAGCUAUGAACUACCUGACGGACAGGUUAUCACAAUCGGUAAUGAAAGAUUCAGAUGUCCAGAGGCAAUGUUCCAGCCAUCUUUCUUGGGCAUAGACUCACUAGGUAUGCAUGAGGCAAUAUGCAAAAGUAUCGAAAAGUGUAAUGAUGAAAUUCGUAAUGAAUUGUAUGCUAAUAUUGUACUUUCUGGUGGGUCAACUUUGUAUCCUGGUUUUGCCGACCGUAUUCAGACAGAAAUCAUACAACUUGCUCCACCAACAUCGGAGGUCAAGGUUAUUGCUCCACCAGAAAGAAAAUAUUCUGCCUGGAUCGGGGGUUCCAUGUUGGCGUCAAUGUCCAGAUUCCAAAACAUGUUGAUCAGCAAACAGGAAUACAACGAAUCCGGACCAGCAAUCGUGCACAGAAAGUGUUUUUAA